UUUCCCUCAGAGUGAUACGAUGAGGUGAUGCAACACGGGAUCAACUCUAAAUGGUAGUGUAGCGCAGACGACGCAGGUAAGUGUCACAUACAUGUACAUGUCUACCUAACAUAACAUUAGCUCUAUAUGUACCUACCUAAUAUAUGAAACCAUUCUUUUCCAAGGUUGUUGUUCAUUGCUCUCCUCUGCUUCUCCUCCUGCUUCGUCGAUGCGGGGCAGGCUGAUGGUUACAAGUCAAACGUCAAAUCAUAAAACCUCGAUUUUUCUAACUUUCCUGUCUUUGACGUUUUCGAGAGUACAAGUUACUCUCGUCUCUAAUUUCUAGUGCCUGCCUAACAUGUAUUCCAUAAUGUUCAGCGAGGCGCUUCCGCUUCCGCUUCCGCCUCCGCCUCCGCCUCUGACUCUAUCUGCGCCAGCUCGAGAGGAGACUGAAGGACCUAGGUUUCCCGUUUACUUACUCCCCAGCCUAUCUCUGCCGUUUCGCCGAAGGCGACAAAGCUCUCAAUCAAAUCCCGGAAGUGCGCUAGCCGAUACUCCGCCGUCUUUGAGUUCAUCUCUAACGGACUCGAUACCACCAAGUCCUACGAGGAGGCCUUCGAUGCCCUCAUUUACUUUGCCUACAAACUUAUUUGCCAACUUCAGAUCCAAAGGGAACCAGCCAUCCUUAGCACCUUUGGAUACAACUAUCACUCGGACACAGCCCAACACUAUUAGGUGCUCUACAUGCGCUGCUGAUUUCGCUUUCGCCUCGCAAAUUGUAAGUAAGGGCUUUACAGGUCGAUAUGGAAGGGCAUUCCUAGUUUCUCCCCCGGACGGACCAUUGCGUAAACGCACCAAGGCUGGGGAUCUUAUCAAUAUUAAAAUUGGCAAACCCGAAACUCGUCUUCUGGUUACCGGAUCGCAUGUCGUCGCAGAUAUCUCGUGUGCAAUCUGCCAUGCCAAGGUCGGCUGGAAGUAUAUAGACGCGAAGGAAGAGUCGCAGAAAUACAAGAUCGGAAAAUAUAUUCUCGAGACUCAGAGAGUUGUUGUCUACCAAAACUGGGAAGAUACCAAGGUUGGCGAUACCCUCGACCUUGGGGUAGAGCAAAAAGGUAUGCCAAUGGAAGACGACGCAGAGCCCGUCAUUUUCGACUCAGACGAUGAGGAUGAAUGCGAGGACAUAUUCAUGGGAACUUGGGAUGCGGAAGCAGUUGCCAAGAGGAGAAGCCGGAAAGUCAAUCGACGUCUUAAAACUACCUAACAAACGGCAACGGAACAACUGAAAUAAUUACGUGGAGUUUUUUUUUAUGACGGUAAUACCCCAGAAUGGAUUUAUUGAGUGGUGGGCGAAGCACAUCAACAUCUCCUUCUGAGAGGACUGAAUGAAUCUUUCGUCGUAUUGGGAUUGGGCGGUUAUUUGGUGUUCUUUGGUAUGAUCACAUUACAUGUGACAUUUGCAUUACAUUCACAUUGAUACCCUCACUAUGAUAAGUCUGAGCCACGGUUCUAUUCAACCAUGGCUUCUGAUUAUAAUAUGUUUAAUAACCGAAUAUGUAUUAAGAAGACAACCACUGCAUCGUUCUAAACAAAGAGAAAAUCAA